AUGCGAGAGGUAUUGACCAGUUUGACUGGAUUAUUGGCAGUGGAGAUUCAGGCAGCUCUUUCAUGGGCCCAGCCCAUGACCACACCCAGCUUGAAGGGGAUGGUGGGACACUACCUAUUGAUUGAAGCAAGCAGGUCGCAGCUUUUUGGACAAAAGGCCAUUCUCCAGAGCCAGACAUUUGAUGCCACCAGCAGCAGAUGUGUUACCUUCUGGUACCACAUGAAUGGCAAUGGGAUUGGCACUCUGUCUGUUGUUAUGUUCACAACACACAGUAACACAUCCACCACUCUCUGGUCUUUGUCUGGAAAUCAGCAGGACCAAUGGAUCUUUGCCACAGCACCCAUCAACAGUCACACUGAGCGCUAUCAGAUAUGGAUACAAGGAACUGUUGGAACAAGUUACUCUGGAGAUAUUUCCAUUGAUGACAUUAGCUUCAAGCCCAGAAUUUGUGCAGUGAGUCCACAGAGUGCUUUCCCAGCCAUUCAAACAGCAGUAACUACUUCUCCUAUCCCCAGCACUACAGCUUACUUUAUCCCAGCUCCUACAGUCUAUGACUGUGACUUUGAAAGAGACUACUGUAGGUGGCAGCAGGCUGUUGAUGACAUGUCUAAUUGGACUCGUACUCAAGGAGCUGGUUUUGAUUCAGCUGGACCCAUUUAUGACCACACACUCCAAAAAGGUCCAGGAUGGUAUAUCUUUAUUGCACCCCCAGCUGUAUCUCAAAAGAAUGACACAGCACGCUUAGUGAGUCCCCUGAUCACAGACAACACCCCACGUUGUCUUUCUUUCUAUUACUUCAUGUUUGGAGCCAGUGUUAAUCUACUUAAUGUCUAUGUGAAAUCAUCGGGACAGACAGGCCUUGGAAAUCUGGUCUGGCAGAGAAAGGGCACUCAAGGAGACAUGUGGGUUCAUGCCAUGAUAGAAGUCAAACCAACUUUAACAUAUCAGCAAGUGUCAAAGAGAAGUACCCCUUAUAUUGCAGCACCACCAGCAGGCUGGGAGCUUACAGCCAGGCCACAAAGUUUCACAUGGUUAAAGGCCAAAAAUAGCUAUAUCAUCUUGGAAAGUAUUCAAGAUAUUCAAGGUUCCAUUUAUUCUGGGAAUGUUGUUGCUGUUGAUGACAUUACCUUCCCAACAGUACCUUGCACGGCUCUUGUUCCACCAAGUACUGCAUCUUUCAGCUGCGACUUUGAGUCCAUUGCUUACCCUCUCUGUAACUUCACACAAGACACAACAGAUGUGUUUGACUGGACAUUAAAUAGUGGUGGUACGUCCAGCACAGGAACUGGACCCUUUGCUGAUCACACCUAUGGAACACUUGCUGGACACUACCUUUACACUGAAAGUUCUGCACCACGCCAUAAAAAUGACACUGCACGUCUCAUCAGCAAGGUUUUUAAUAACCCUGCUGGCAACCAGAACUGCCUACGUUUUUACUACCAUAUGCGUGGAACUGGUAUUGGUACCCUCAACAUAUAUGCUUUGGCGCAAAAUCAGCUACCUCAGAUGCCUCUUCCUACUUGGACGCGGUCUGCUGAUCAAGGUGCCUUGUGGAAGCAAGCUGAGGUCACCAUUAAUCUGAUCAGCAAUUUCCAGGUGGUAUUUGAAGGAGUUAUUGGCUCCAGUUACUUAGGAGACAUAGCCAUUGAUGACAUCACUGUUGCUAAUGGACCAUGCCCAGACACAUCUUCCUGUGACUUUGAGACCGGCCUUUGUCUUUGGACUAAUGUUCAUGAUGGGACAGACAAGUUUGAUUGGUUGCGAAUGCGAGGCAUCACUGACAGUCAGUAUGUUGGGCCUGUGAAUGACCAUACACUAAAUACAUCCAAUGGCUUUUAUGUCUUUAUGGAGGCUCAGCCCCCACGUGUAGCAGGAGAUAAUGCUCGUCUUGCAUCUCAGGUAUUUCCUGCAUCACCUGGACAUGCAUAUUGCUUCAGCUUUUGGUACUAUAUGCAUGGUGACCAAACUGGCACACUGUCGAUGCUUAUUUUGACAAAUACUUCUGAUGAUAGUCUUUCUACAGAAGCAGCUCUCAUGGUAAUUGGAGGGGACAUUGGGGACCAGUGGAACCGGGCCAAAUCAACAUCUCGACUGUGUACACAGAAAGACCCUUCCAGUUGUCACAUCACCCUAGACCAGCUGAUAUAUUCAAAAAUGGAAAGUUUGCUGAAGCUUGUUAUCUUAGAAGGCGUAGUGGGAAGUGGUUACCGUGGCCAAAUUGCCAUAGAUGAUACUGCCAUUAUUCCCGGAGAUUGCCCUACACAGCCUGACUACACAGGAGAUUUAGAUGUCUACAGAGUCCAGUGCUCAUUUGAUAGCAACAGCAUCUGUUCCUGGAAGCAGAGCACAACUGAUGAUUUUGAUUGGAAGUUAAGGAGUCAGUCUAUUUCAAUAGCAGGUGCAGGACCAAGCAGAGACCAUAGUGGUGCUGGUAAGAUGUACUUGUUAAAUGGAUUACCAUGA